UCCAUUCAAGUCAUUGGAAAUUUAAUUGUAUAAUCAAGUUUAAAAUGCUUUACAAUGAUUGUCUACCAUCAAUUUAAAAGUUAAUCACAAUUAAAACUUAAAGUUCACUUAAAGUAUUUAUAGUAUUUAAAGUUACCAAGACAUCAGGUUAAUUGUUUGGGAAACUUUGAUUAACUGGUUGUUGACGAUUUAAUUUACUGUGUGAACAAUUUGUUACUAAUCACUGAACAUUUAAUCACCAAUGAAUAAUUCAACAAUUAACGGGACAAAUUCAAUUCGUCAAGCUUGGCUUCGAUUCCUUCAUCCUGAUCUAAUUACAUUGGCACCCGAUUAUUGGCUUAAUUUUGAACCAAUUUCGUGUCAAGUUAAUUUAACAAUCGCUGCGAUUUUCACAGUUGUCUUAAUCAUUGGAUUAACUGGUAAUUUAACAAUAAUUUACCUUUAUUGUAGAGUAAAAGCACUUCGAAAUGGCCGAAAUACAAUCAGUUUGAACAUCGCAGUUUCCGAUCUAAUCAUGAACGGGGUAAUUGCGGCCUACGUUUACAAUAGUACUCAAUGUGGAUCAGCAUUAACACCAUUGGGUGAGUAACAAUUAGCUAAUUGUAAGAAAAUCCUUGACCUUCUCACUUGAAUCAGUUUAAUUACAAUGAUAAUAAAUUGUAGUUGUAAACAUUUGGUUGAUCACAAAAACCUUGAUGAUAUAAGAUGAUGGUAUUAUUAUUAUGUAGUAUUUACAGUUAAUCAAUAAGCCUGUUGAUUGAUUUAAUUAACAUGAACUUGAGAUGAUUUAAUUUUGUUCUUUAAACUAUAUUUAGAAACAAUCAAGGCCUUAAGUUCCAACAAUUUAAUUUUACAAGCACAAGUUGCACAACAAUUAACCUUAAUUAUAGACUAUGGUAAAAUCAGAUGAGACAAAAUUUUGUAGUCUUUUUUUAUUGAUUGAUUAUUGGAACAAUUUAAUUCACUGGAUUCAUGAUUAAGGUGAUAAUAAAUUUGUUUCCAUGUUGAUUAAUAUUCCGUUUAAUUUAUUUCUUUUGAUUAUCAAAUCAAACCAAUGAAGUUUAAACUGAUUGAAAGUGAAAAUUAAAUCAUCUCAUUGAUUAAAAAAUUGCAAUCAUUUGGGAAUUGAUUAUAUUUAAAGUUUAAUUAGAUUUGGAGUUAAUUGAAUUUCUAACUAAUAACCUUGAUUGUUAGCUCAUUGUGAUGGGAAUGAUGAUCGUAAUUAAUUGUAAAUCUUGACAUUAGACAAAAGUGAUUAGUGAUUUGAAUUUAUAACUCUCAAAGCUUUUGUUUAAACAUUUGAAACACUAGAUUUAGUUGAUUAAUUGUUAAAUCAACCAAUCGAGGUGUGAUUAGAUUAAAUUUCCUGAUUAUCGUUUAAAUUUAGUCCAGUUUCACUCUAAUCCGUUGAAUUAUCAACGUGACAAUUGAUCUAAUUGCUUCCAAUUUCCUAGUAAUCAACAAUUAGAUUUGAUAUUAACACUAUUGGGAUCAUAUUGAUUGUAAUUUAAAUCAAUUUGAAAUCUGCAAUUAGAGUAAAAGGAAUUAAAAAUUAAUAAUCUCUUCUGUCGGAAGCAAGUUAAUCGUAACAAUUUAACUAGACAAUUACAUCAAUCUCUGAGUUAUAAUAACUCAGAGCAAUUAAUAAAUUGUCCAAACAUUAGGAAUAAUAAAAAUAUCUAUUGAUCAAUUGAUAUAUGAAAAAAAUGUUCAUCUUUUCAAAUGGAAAAUGUUUCAUUGUUUUCAAUUCUGAUUGAAUGAAUUUUUGAUUGAACAUGAUGAUAAAUGAAAAACAAAACUGAAGCCAUCAAGAUGAUUACAUUGGAUUGAAUUAAAGAUGAGGAUGAAGAUGAUGAUGGAAGAUUGAAUUGUAAUAUCUUCCACUCAACUGUAAGAAUGAUAAUAAUCAACCUCUUGAAUAGUUUCAUAGAUUUUAUCUUCUUCAUGAUAAUAUUAACCAUCUCAUAGAUUCACAAGUAUAUAUCAUCAUUUUCAUCCCAUUAUCAUCAUUGUCUUUUUGCUGAAUCAGACAUUGAAAAUUGAAAUUAAUGUUGACAUUACCUUGAUGAUGUGCUAAAAAAUUGGUUAAGAAAAAAGUUCAACAAUCAAGAAGAUGGUGAACAAAAUCAACUUUAAUAAUCAGAAACAAUUUAGAAUGAGGAAAGAAAAAAAUGAAUCAAAUCUUUAAUUUGAUUAGUGAAAAUCAAACAUUUCAACGUGAUUUAAUGUACUGGUAUAAUCACCGUCAUCAAGACUAAUUACAAUUGAUAAUGAGAAUGGUUGAUUUAUCUGUCAACUGAAUUAACCAAAUCAAGUUAAUGAUAAUGAUGAUUAAGAUAAUGAUUAAGUUCAUCGAGGUGAAGAUGGAAAUGUAAUGAAAGGUAAAUUGGAUGAUAAAUAAUAUGAUGAUCAAUUGGAUAAUUGUGAUGCAGAGAGAGAGAGAGAGAGAGAGUAAAAAAUGCUAACAUUUUAAUCAUCAUGUUUAUAAUUCUGAUAUUCAUCAUGUUAUCAUCUCAAGAAUCAUUGGAAUUCAACAUUUUCAGAACUUGAGAUCAUCUUUUAUCAACAUCAUUCUCAUAAUGAGGAGAAACCGUUGAACCAAAGUCUUUGAAAUCAUAUUAACUUUAUAUGUUAAUUGGGAUUCAAACUGAUAGACAACAGAAAUAUAAUUAAUUUAGUUGAGAUUCAGUUAAUUGUCAUGGUUAAAUUCAGUUGACAAAGUGUUAACAUCCAUACUAAAUACCCAAGUUUAAAGACAAAAGAUAAGUUUGUUUUAAUUGUCGAGAUGGAAAAUCAGUCAAAUAAAAUUUUCAGAUUUUCCCAUGAAAAUGAAAUCAAUCAAUUAUUUUCAGAUUAAUUGUAUCUGUUCAUUGGUCAGGGGAAAAUAUUAGUUAAAACUAAUCAAAUUGAUUCCUUUCUACCUUCAAUAAUGUAAUCAAAUCGCAAGGUUAACUAGUCAGCCAGGAAAAUACAGUUAAUGGUUAACCAGCAAUUUAACUCUUGUAUUCAGAAAUACGGAAUUUUUUUAUCAAGGUUAUCAUCAGGUAGCGAUAAUAAUAAUGUUGUUAAUAUUUAGAAUACAAAUUGUUCAGUGUUGAUAUUAAGGAGUAGAAGGUGAUUAAUAUAAGGAUCGUAUUCAUUUACCUGGAAAAAAAUGUUACCUAACAAAAUGAUAACAUUAAUAUUUCAAUUACUGUCAAAUCCAUUGAGGAAUCAUUUUUGAAUAUUAGAUUGCCAGGAGCAUUAUGAUCAUGGUGUUGAUG